AUGUCUGUUGAGAUCGAUCCUCAGGAGCUAGGCUUCCGUCGGCCAUUUACGGCGGAGGUGUCGGAAGUGCUGAAGAUCAGAAACCCCAAUCCCCAUCCGGUGGCCUUCAAGGUUAAAACUACCGCGCCGAAGCAGUAUUGCGUUCGGCCCAACUCUGGCCGUGUUGAGCCUGGCAAGGAAGUCGAAGUUUCAGUAAUACUUCAGGCUAUGAAGCAAGAGCCCCCUCUAGAUACGAAAUGUCGAGACAAAUUCUUGGUGCAGUCCGUUGCGAUCACGGGGGAUAAGGAGUUUGCCAACCUGGCUGCCAUCUGGGACGGUAUUGAGAAGUCGUCGAUCCAAGAGAAGAAGAUUCGGGUCGUUUUUCUAUCUCCUGGCGGCAGUGCCUCGUCAACCGCGCACCUUGAGACUCCCAAGAGACUUCCAGGGGCUAAUGGUACCUCGGCAACACCAGAAACUGCGCCCCCAGCGUACUCCUCGCCACGUGAAUUCGCAGGUGGCUCGGCGGAACCUAGAGCCCCUAUAGAUGAGAAGGAAUUCAAGCGCGACGAAACCCCGUCAGCCGCAGGUGCCGCAGCGGUCUCUACGACCCGGAAUAGCGAUCUGAGCCCUGAAGAACUAAAGCAACAGCUCAUCCAGGCCGAGAAGACGAUCGCACAGCUGAGACAAGACCAGGAAGGGUUACGACAACGGAAGACAGGAGGUGCGAGUACGGAUGACAAGUCUCAUGCCAAGCCUGCUGAAUUGGCCCACAAUGUGCGGUCGGGCACUGAAGGCGUCCCAGUUAAGCUCGCGGCGAUCCUGUGCUUCCUGAGCUUCAUGCUCGCAUACCUCUUCUUCUAGGCUACGACGGAGCUUUUCUUGAAGGGUAGUUCGGGGAAGUCACCGAAAGGCUUACUAGUGAAUGGCCACGACAUCGGGAGGCUUAUUAAAUUGCGAGUCUUCUCUUAGAUGAGCGUACUCCACGAGAAGACUGGCCUAGGUGGAGAUACGUAAUAAGUGACGAACGACAGGUUUGGCCCCUCUCCCCCUUCCCCUUAACGGAUUAUUGUGAGAGGGUGGAUCGCACCCGGGGUUAAAGUCGCAAGGAAGUCUUUUUACCCACACCACCCCUUGUACUUUAUUCAGCAUGUAUUCCCCUUUGUCGUGUUGUCUGUUUACUAUCGGAGGUCACCCGUAUAGUGGUAUAUAUUCGUACAAAUUUCAUUUGUGGUCUCAUCAUGGCCAUCACUGCAUAUCUUAUCCGGCUCGAAACCAUCAUGGCCAGCCAGCAUUUUCGAGCUGAGACACAUAGCUGUGAAGGUAUAUAUCACAAGAAGACUCGGACUUUAGGCCCGCGUAUAUCGUCGCUGCCGGUCUAAAUGACGGUGGUGCUUCAACAGAGAAAUGGGGGUAUUGUUAGCUCGUGUAAGGCGUGAGGGACACGCUUCGGUGGAAAGGUGAAUUUCUUAGACUAAAAAUU